AUGGCCAACCUUCUGAAGGACUUCCUCGGAGGAGGAAGCAAGUCUUCAGCAUCUCCAAUCCCUUCCGCUGACUCAGUCCGAUCCGCCCUUCGAGCACCACGGGGUAGAUUUGUCAACUUCCAACAGAUCAAGAAGAGUCGCCAGAUGGAUACUCGAUGUCCGACGUGUCUGCUUCCACCAAUUGGUGCAUAUCGCCGUUGGUGCCUGGCGAGCAGGUCCGUCUGGAUGCAUGGCGGAUACUUCUUCCUGGACCUUGCGUCAAGGGCUCCACACAAGCUCGCAGUGCUGUGCUGUGCUGACCUCCACUCCAUCACAGACUUUGCCGAUUUUGCAGAGGCCGCAGAGCCCUCGCCCGCGUUUACCACGCCUUUGGGCGGUGCGAAUCUGGGAGCCAACGCCCCGGCCCCUACCAGCCCUCCCUACACGAAAUGGUACCGACUGGAUGAGCGCUACACCCUGGCCGACUUCCGCGCCGAGGGCAUCAUACUUGCCUGCAUAGUCUUCAUCUUCACGUUGCACAUCGUCGGCUCCCGCCUCAACCGAAGCAAGGCCAGGAAAUGGCUCAAGGCGCACUCCAAGACCCUGGCUUCCGAGUUCGCGCUCGUCGGCUUUGGUAGCUCUCCGACGAGCGGUGGCGAUGGCGAGACUGAUUUCCUCGUGGCUGACCUUGCUGAGCCCCAGAAGGCGCUUAAGGAGAAGUCCCUGUUCGAGUUCGCCACCUACGCGACUGGCCGUCAGAACAUUGCGUUCAUGGACGCGAAGCUCAGUCUGAUCCGCCGCUUCAACCCUCUCAUGUCGGUCGCCGAGUGGGGCCUCAGCCUCUUCUUCGACAGCUUCCCGGCCCCCCAGGAUACUGUGGAGGCGGCUAUCUACCCCUUCGACGGGAAGGAGGCUCUGACGGUUCCAGGCAUUCCAGGUGCCGCUGAACUGAAGACAAGCAACACCAAGAGCACCUAUGAUGGAUUCGUUUGGGCCAUCGUCAACAAGGAGCGCAUGAAGCAGGUCCGGGAUGAGCGUUUCGAUGUCUCCCUUACCUUCACUAAAGACCACUCCAAGCUGCCCAUCUGGUUGACUGUGAUGAGCGAGAGCGCCGAGAUCACCAAGGUUCUUCUCACAGACGAGCUUGCCAAGGCCGCCGAAUCUGCUGGUGACCUGUUCGAGUAUCUCAUUGUCUCCGAUCAACCUGUAGACAGGCCCAAGACACUCGACGAGACCGCGCCUAGAAAGCGUAUCUUCCUCAAGUACCGCUUGCCCUCCGACAACAACUAUGAGCCGCUUCUGCCGAUUUUCCAAUGCUUCAUUCGCAUCGCCGACCAGCUGGUUAAGGAGGCCCACUUCCGCCCUGAGGUCCUCAAGAAGGUGAAGAGCGUCCGUGACGACAUCGCUAAGCAGAUCCAGAAGGCGGAUCUGGAAGAGAAGAGCGAGGAGCGCAACUUCGAGCGCGAAAAGGCCAGGAAGGCCAAGCGUGACCAGGAGCUGUCGCAGUUGGACGCCAAGGGUCAAAAGAAGUACCUCGAAAGGGAGCGGGAGAAGGAGUUGAGGAAGCAGCAGAAGAAGAUGACCUCUCGGGGUUAG